UUCAGCGUUCUCUGUGUCCUAGCCGCUUUGUUGGUUGGAGCCACGUGGCUGCUAUUGGAAUUCCGUCCGUCGUACAGGAAUCGAAUUCGUCGUACUGACUCGGAACAGGCUCGUAUUGAGAUGAAGUCUUUCGAAGAAACGAAAUACCUACGGCGUUACUCAGAACUCAAUCCACUUCAAGCGCGGCGGCAUUCAAUCGAUAAUUGA